GCCAAAUGCAAUAAUGGUAAAGAUAAAAGGGACACACUAAAGUUGGUGCAAAAGGGCUUGCCUUAUUAAAUGCUCCUCUCUCCCCCUCCAUUUCUAUUCAAAAUUCGAAUUGUCCCCACUGAUCCUCACUUAGUUACCCUUUAGUUUUGGUUCCAAAUUUUCAAGUAAAAAAAAUAUAGGAUAGGAGCUUGCAGUGAUGGAAGGAAGAAAGUGGUAGAUGCAGCAUUAGUGAAAGAUGAGCACAACACGGUUUAUUAAGUGUGUCACUGUUGGUGAUGGGGCUGUGGGAAAGACUUGCAUGCUUAUCUCUUACACUAGCAACACUUUCCCCACGGAUUAUGUUCCUACAGUUUUCGACAAUUUCAGUGCAAAUGUUGUGGUUGAUGGCAGCACAGUUAACCUGGGAUUGUGGGACACUGCUGGACAGGAAGAUUACAACAGGCUUAGGCCAUUGAGUUACAGAGGAGCAGAUGUGUUCUUGCUGGCCUUUUCCCUCAUCAGCAAAGCCAGCUAUGAAAAUAUAUCUAAAAAGUGGAUUCCUGAAUUGAGACAUUAUGCCCCAACUGUGCCUAUUGUACUGGUUGGAACUAAACUUGAUUUGAGGGAAGACAGGCAAUAUUUGAUUGAUCAUCCUGGAACCACAGCUAUAGCUACUGCCCAGGGAGAAGAACUGAAGAAGGCAAUUGGUGCUGCUGUGUACAUAGAGUGCAGCUCAAAGACUCAGCAGAAUGUGAAGGCCGUGUUUGAUGCUGCAAUCAAGGUUGUUUUGCAACCACCUAAGUCCAAGAAAAAAGGAAAGAAGAAGAACACGCCUUGUGUUUUCCUCUGAUUCAAGUUGUUGAAUUGCAAUUGCAGUUGCAGUGGUAUUGUUCAAGUUAAAUUCCCAUCCUGUAACAUUCAGAUCCUUCUUCCCGGGAUUCUCUUUUUCUUUUCAUUUUGAUUCAUGAAUCCAUUAGAACAUAUAAGUACUGUAAACUAUACUAUAUUGUUCUCUAAUAUGUCUAUUUGAUGAAAGUAGACUCAACUCAAGAUUAUAUGAUAUACAUCACAUAACAUGCUUCAAAUCUGA